AUGACAUUAGCUCAACCGAAUCAAUAUACCGAUAUGGCUGCUCAACAACUCAAACAACAACAACAACAGCAGCAGCAGCAGCAGCAGCAACAACAACAACAACAACAACAACAGCAGCAAGCGGCUUUAAAUCAAGCACAUGCUGUAGUCUAUUCUGCUAUGGGUAAUCCAUCACCUACUAUAAUGAUAAACACAAAUCAACAACAACAACAAGCCAAUUCUCAAACACAAAAUGUUGGUUUAUCAUCGAAUACUGUUCAAGGAGAUCCAAAUAAUUAUCCAAUUCAACAAAUUCUACUAGAAAAUCUAUACAAUAAUGUAUUGAUGAGAGACAAAAAUUUAUUAUAUGCAAAUCGAUUAGAUAAAGCAAGAAAACGUCUAUCGGAUCCAGUAACAACAAAUUAUCAUGUACCAUUACAGCCAUUAUUAAUAAAUGAUUAUGUCUUAAACACAAAUACACCAGGUAUCGGUGUUGUUAGUGGAACAACGGGAGCAAAUACUAGUGGUAGUCAAAAUAUACCGUUAUCAGGUAGUAAUCUACAACGUGUUCAAAGUGGUCAUGCAUUAAAUCAUCGACGAUCAAUGCGUUAUACUAAACCAUCACUACAACAAAUGCAACAAGCACAAUCUCAACAAUCUCAAGUGCGACCAAUUAAUGAAGGACAAAAAUUAUUUGUAAUGAGGCAUGCUGAACGUGUGGAUUCAACAUUUGGAAUCACAUGGGUGGAUAAUGUUUUUGAUAAAAACGGUCAAUAUAAACGAUUGAACUUGAAUUUACCGAAAAAAAUGAUUCAACGUCGUGAUAAUAAAGAUUUUUUAUUUGAUCCACCGUUGACCGAAUUAGGUCUAAUUGAAUGUAAAAUGGUUGGUGAAGAAUUAUUAAGUCAAGGUGUUAAAAUAUCUCAUGUCUACGCGUCGCCAGCAUUGCGGUGUGUUCAAACAGCUGAUAAAAUACUGGAAGGACUCAAUAUGAAAGAUGAAAUACCAAUUCGAAUUGAACCGUGCCUAUUCGAAUUUUUAAAAUGGUAUCCGGUUGUACCUUUAAAAUGGCCGUUUCUCGCUAUUGAGGAAUUAAUAAAAAAUGGCUAUCAUGUUGAUAACUAUUAUAAACCAUUUUAUCCAAUUGAAUCAUUAAGAAAAGAUGAAGAUGAACAAAUGUAUUACACAAGAAGUCAUUUUAUCACCACAUCAAUACUAAAAAAUCAUGAACUUGAUGGUGGAAACAUAUUAAUUGUUGGACAUGCUCCUACUUUAGAAGUUUGUACUCGUCAAUUAACAGGUGGCCAACCUCGUAUAAAUGAUUUAAAAUUUCUUGUAUUACGUAUACCGUUUUUAUCAAUGUUAACUAUUUCGAAACAAGCUGAUGGAACAUGGCGCGUAAUUAAGCCGCCAAUUCCUCCAAUGAAACAUCAAGCAGUAGAAUCAUUUGAUUGGCGUUUUAUUCGAUAA